AUGGGAGCUAAACAAUCUGUUCAGUCUAGUAUCGAAAGUCGUCAAAGAUCGAACUCUGUAAUUGAUAAUUCAGGUGCUGGUAAUAACUCUAGAAGACGAGAAUCAUCUAUUGAACGUAAUAAUCGCACUAGUAGAAGAAGAUUUGAAUCAAGUGGGGAUGAGCUAUUCAUUUCAGAAGGGUCUAACAAUGUUGGAAAUACUAUGUCUUUGGGAUUCCCUUUGUUAUUUUUUGGAGAUAGUGGAAGUCAAAAUAGAAGACGAGGUAACAAUAACCAUGAUGCACUUCGUAUAGUACGAUCUCAAAGUCAAUGUCCAGUUUGUAAAAAAUUAAUUUCAAACCAAGAGUUGCCAGCACAUUUGAAUGAAUGUUUAAAACCACGUCUACAAUAUAAUAAUGAAGUACUAACACAAGAUAGAGGAGAAUGUCCUAUUUGCUUAGAAGAAAUGGAAAAAGGGAGUACGAUAGCACGAUUAGAAUGCUUUUGCAUUUUUCACAAGCAUUGUAUUGAUACGUGGUUAUGUCGUGGUAAUUCUAAUUGGUGCCCAGAACACCCAGUGUAUGAUUAA